CAUUACUAUUAUUAUCAUUAUUAUUUAUUGUUGUUGUUGUAGUUCAACAUUAUUAACAUUUUUGGACUGCUGGGUAUUUAGUAUCUGAAAGGUCAUUCUCGGCUGCUGGGUAUCUAGCCACUUUGAAAAUUAAAACUAUGUCUCUAGCUUAAAGAAGGGUGUUGUAGUACAAACUUAGUUGUUAGUGUUAUUUGUAGUUGUACUCAUUAUUGUCUUACCUAUGCUCAUUAAAUUUUUAAAAUUCAUCUGUAUACUCCCAUUCAAAACAACUUUAUUUGUAGAUCUGACAAAAUCAUUCUAAAAAAAACUAAGUUUGCUAAUAGAAGUUCAUCAUGGCAUUUGCUGGCUUAAGAAAACAGAUUAACAAAGCCAAUCAGUAUAUGAGUGAGAAGAUUGGUGGAGCAGAAGGCACGAAGUUUACAGAAGAGUAUAUGGAAAUGGAAAAGAAAACAGAUUUGAUGAAUGAGUUAGUGGAAGAACUGAUGACAAAAACAAAGGAAUUUCUUCAACCCAAUCCAGCCUCCAGGGCAAAGAUGAUGGUUAGUUCUAAAUUUUGUGGAGCAGUCAAGACCCAUAAUUAUCCUCAGCCAGAAGGAAUUCUAGGAGAUGAGAUGGUGAAAUAUGGCAUGAAUUAUGGUGAAGACACCUCAUUUGGCAAGAGUCUAAUACAAGCAGGGGAGGCAUUGAAACAGAUGGCAGAGGUACGAUAUGCUCUGGAGGACAACAUGAAACAAAACUUUCUGGAACCUCUUCAUCAACUACAGACGAAAGAUCUGAAAGAUGUUUUGCAUCACAGAAAGAAGCUUCAAGGGAGAAGGCUAGAUUAUGACUGCAAAAAAAGAAGACAAACCAAAGUUGGAGGUUCUUCCCCAAGAACAAAGCAAGGAACUCAUGUCACAGAAGAGGAAAUAAGGCUAGCUGAAGAUAAAUUUGAAGAUUCCUUUAAUUUAGCCUCCAUGGGUAUGCAUAAUCUGUUGGAAAAUGAUGUGGAACAGAUUACCCAGCUGGUAUCCUUUGCUGAAUCUUUGUAUGAAUAUCAUUCUCAAUGUGCUGAAAUUAUGCGUGAACUAAAUGAUAGACUUGUUGAACACAAAAAUUCAGCAUUAGCACGUCCUCGUGAGGAAUACCAACCCAAGAAAUUAGAAGAACUGAACAUUCCAGCCUUCCAAGAUGAUAUUUCUCCUGGAGAUCUGACUACAACUUACAAUGGAGUUCCACUUCCUUACACAACAAUCUCAGCUUCACCAGCUCGAUCACCUGCAACCUCUCCCAUUAACCCACGUCACCCCGAUACUCUGUUUCUAACAGGGCAUGGGAGUCCUUCUACUGGUGGUGCCACUUCACCAUGUCGUUCGCCCAGCCGAUCUCCUAAUGCCUCUCCACUCCCUUCUCCUGUUUGUUCUCCAGCUAGAACACCAGUACGCCAGCAACCCUGCUGCCAUGCCUUGUAUGAUUUUGAGCCAGAGAAUGAAGGAGAACUUGGCUUCAAAGAAGGAGACAUCGUCAAUAUUGUGAGUCGUAUUGAUGAAAAUUGGUAUGAAGGCACUCUGAAUGGACUCACAGGCUUAUUUCCCGUCAGCUACGUUCAAGUGAUGGUGCCACUGCCAUGAUUAUUGUAAGGAACUAACAGGGGUGCCACAGGAGGUUGGAGAACUUGCACAGAUUGUUAUGUAAAAAAAAUCUUUAGUCAUUUUAUUUGCCCUCAGUUUGGCAGUGUUUGUGAUGGCCAAAACCUCAGGACCUCAGCAAUAAAACUUUUCAAAUGGAAAAUCAUAUAUUUAUUUAGCAUAGUAAUUCAUGGAAUUUUUUUAGUUUUCAUUCUUUCAUCUGACACAGUGGUUGUAGAAUUAUUUUAGUUUAUGUUCUAAAAUGGAAAACCUGAUGUGACUACAAAAAGAAGUGGCAGCUGCGAGAUUUAUUAAUCAAGAUUAAAUUUUUUUUGUAAGGGAAAAAGUAGAUUUUUUAAUUCUUAUUUUUUGUUUAUAUAAAAGUUGUGUGUGGUAUGUAGGAGUGCAUUAAUUUAUCCAGAUAAAAUUGGUUUAUCUUGGGAGUACAAAAUUUGUUUUAUUUAUUAAUUAAAAACAACCAAUGUCUCCAACAGUAUCCACAGUUGAAUGCAAUUCGUUAGAGGUAAAGUUAUCUAUAACUAGUUUUUUUCUACAGAACAUAUUAAUCGGGUACUAGACCAUGUAGUUAUGGUGUUUUUAAGAUAUAGAGGAAUAAAUUUCUAGUUAGUUAUCAUAUUACUGUUUUUCUUUAAUUACAAGCAUUUUAAAUUAUUACAAAAGCUUAUAAUUUGCUGUUUUGAAGGGGCAAAUCUGUAGUUAUUACUAAUUAUUCAUGAAUAUCAGUUCUUUAUAGUAAUCAGAAAAUCUUCAAGAUAUUUUUAAGUAAUUCUAAAUGAAAUAAUCUAACAUGUCAUAAAAAGUUUCCUUUUUUUGACAUGUUUACUGUUGAAGAUAAAAAGAUUUGAAGCAGGUUAUACCAGUUUCUUUAAAUACAUGAAUGUAAUGAAAUGUGAAUUUCUACCAUAUGCUUACUAUCUUUGUCUUUACUAGUAAACAGUGUUGAUUCAUUUCCACUUAGUUUUUCAACAUGUAAGCUUGGCUGACAGACUGGCUUUUUUUUCUGUGUUUUUAUAAUUGCAAGUAAAUUAAAAACAACUGCUGCAAUAUUUACUUUUUACAAACGUAAGCAAGUUGAGAAAAAAAAAUAUUCGUUUAUUAUCAGUUGUAUUUUCUUUUAAUCUGGGAACAGGCCAUGAACCAGUUGGAAUGGCAUUUGCUGCUGAACUGGUUGUUUUUUCAUAAUAGAAAUUCAACAAUAAAAGCUGUUUCAGUACAAAAUAGCAAAGUUUUUGUUUUAUUUUGUAAUUUAUUGCAGUGACUAUAAUAAAAAUUAAGUGGUAUCAGAAGAGUGAAA